AUGCCUCGUUCAAAGCGUGCGCGCGUCGUCCACGAGUCCAAGACCACCAAGAAGGACCACAAGGAGCAGACUCGCCGACUCUACGCCAACAUCCGGGAAUGUCUCGAGCAAUAUGACCAUAUGUUUGUGUUCGCCGUGGACAACAUGCGCAACACCUACCUGAAGGAUGUGCGCACUGAGUUCGCCGACAGCCGUCUCUUCUUCGGUAAGACUAAGGUCAUGUCCGUCGCUCUCGGCAGCAACCCCGAAACCGAAGCCGCACCUAACGUUCACCGCGUCACUCCCUUCCUCACUGGUGCCGUCGGCCUGCUUUUCACCAACCGCGCCGCCGAGUCUGUCAUUGAGUACUUCGAGAACUUCCGCCCUCAAGACUUUGCUCGUGCCGGUACUGUGGCCACCCGCUCCUUCAGCAUCCCCAACGGUCUUGUCUACCAGCAGGCUGGUGAGAUCCCCGCUGAGCAGGAUGAGCCUGUCAGCCACACUAUCGAACCUGCUCUCCGCAAGCUUGGUGUUCCCACCCGUCUCAUCAAGGGUAAGGUCAUGCUCGAGCUGACCGAGGGCUCUGAGAGCUACCAGGUUUGCCGCAAGGGCGAGACUCUGGACUCCCGACAGACUACUCUGAUGAAGAUGUUCGGUGUUACUUCUUCUGAGUUCAAGGUUGAACUGAAGGCUCAGUGGACGCGGAGUACCAACGAGGUGAAGAUUCUGGAGCAGGGUGAUAUGGAGGUGGAUGCAUAG